AUGCCUCCUGGACCUGCCUCUGGGGUUGCUGCCACAUGGUACCCCAAACCAGACCCCACCGCUGCAUCAGGUGCAUCUUCAGGUGCAUUCUCAGGUGCCUCGAAAUACACAAAAGCUGGUGCUGCCAGUGCUUCUGGUGCUGGUGGUGCUGCUGGUGCUGGUGAUCCCAGAUGCCCCAUCUCCUCCUCUCCCUCUCCUUCACUCAACGGGAAGCAGGUUGACGGGCAGGGAAAGCAGGUUGGCGGCAAGGGGAAGCAGGUUGACGGGCAGGGGAGUCAGGUAGACGGGCAGGAGAAGCAGGUGGGCGGGCAGGGGAAGCAGGUGGACGGGCAGGGGAAGCAGACUGAUAGGAAGGGGAAGCAGGUAGAUGGAGAGGGGAAGCAGGCAGACGGGCAGGGGAAACAGGUGGACGGGCAGGGGAAGAAUGUUGACGUGCAGGGGAAGCAGAUUGAUGGGCACGAGAAGCAGACAGAUGGGUAG